GAUCUCUGCAUAUCCGGCCAAUGGCUGUACAUUGUGGUUAAACGGAUCAAUAAUCAGAUGUUUCAAAUGGUGAAAUUUAAGAGGCGUUAGCGAAUUUUUUUUUAGGGAUUGUUUGAUGGGGAAUACAUGCGUGGGCCCUAAAUUGGGGAACAACGGCUUCUUUCAAUCGGUGACCGCCGCCGUCUGGAAACCACGGCAGACCGAAACCCUACCUCCCCCAAAUCAAGAGCAGGAAGCCAGCAGCGGCAAAAACAACAACAACAUUGAUAAAAACCAGAACACCACCGAGAGCUCCGUCAAUUCAGACAGCAAAGGCUCCGGUUCCACUCGCUCCGAUGUGCAGAGCACCCCACCCACUCCGAUCAAAAUCGCCGCCGACGAGGCCAAGGCUUCCGAUCCCCAAAAGCAAGCAGACAAUCACAACAAACAGAACAAGCCCAGUCAUAUAAAGAGACUAUCGAGUGCAGGAUUACUAGUCGAAUCAGUUCUACAGCGGAAAACAGAGAAUCUGAAGGAGAAGUACAGUUUAGGGAGGAAAUUAGGGCAAGGGCAAUUCGGGACUACAUUCUUAUGCGUGGAGAAGGAAACCAGCAAGGAGCUUGCCUGCAAAUCAAUUGCGAAGAGGAAGCUAACAACCGAGGAGGAUGUGGAAGAUGUACGGAGAGAAAUUCAUAUAAUGCACCACCUUGCGGGCCACCCCAACGUUAUAUCUAUUGUCGGAGCGUACGAGGAUGCGGUUGCAGUACACGUUGUGAUGGAGCUUUGUGCAGGUGGGGAGCUUUUCGAUAGGAUUAUACAGCGGGGGCAUUAUUCGGAGCGAAAAGCUGCAGAGCUUGCUCGGUUAAUAGUUGGUGUUGUCGAAGCAUGCCAUUCGUUGGGGGUUAUGCACAGAGACUUGAAACCGGAGAAUUUUCUUUUUGUGAACCAGCAGGAGGAAUCGCCGCUCAAGACCAUCGAUUUUGGUCUCUCCGUUUUUUUCCGGCCAGGUGAAACAUUUAUUGAUGUAGUUGGAAGCCCUUAUUAUGUGGCCCCAGAGGUACUAAGGAAGAAUUAUGGUCCAGAAUGCGAUGUUUGGAGUGCUGGAGUUAUCAUUUACAUUUUGCUGAGUGGAGUUCCGCCAUUUUGGGAUGAAACGGAACAGGGAAUUUUCGAGCAGGUUUUAAAAGGGGAACUUGACUUUAUAUCCGAACCUUGGCCUAGUAUAUCAGAUAGUGCAAAAGAUCUCAUAAAAAAAAUGCUUGUUCGAGACCCCAAAAAGCGCCCCACAGCUCAUCAAGUUCUAUGCCAUCCAUGGGUACAAGUUGGUGGUGUAGCGCCAGACAAGCCUCUCGAUUCCGCUGUUCUAACUCGUAUGAAGCAAUUUUCUGCUAUGAACAAACUCAAAAAGAUUGCAAUCAGAGUUAUUGCCGAAACUCUUUCCGAGGAGGAAAUUGCGGGAUUAAAGGAAAUGUUUAAAAUGAUAGAUGUGGAUAACAGUGGACAUAUUACCCUCGAAGAACUCAAGAAGGGUUUAGAAAGAGUCGGUGCUAAUCUCAAAGAUUCAGAAAUCGUGGGCCUAAUGCAAGCUGCCGAUUUUGACAAUAGUGGAACAAUAGACUACAGAGAGUUUGUAGCGGCAAUGCUGCACCUAAACAAAGUCCAGAAAGAAGAUCACGUGUAUGCAGCCUUUUCGUAUUUCGACAAAGAUGGCAGUGGGUACAUUACAAAAGACGAGCUUCAACAGGCAUGUGAGCAGUUCGGACUAGGAGAUGUUCACUUAGACGAAAUUAUCCGCGAAGUUGAUAAGGAUAAUGAUGGUCGUAUAGAUUAUAGUGAAUUCGUGGCGAUGAUGCAAGAUACGGGUUUUGGGAACAAUGGAUUGCAGAACAGUAUAAGCAUGGGGAUGAAAGGUGCUCUUAGGUCUGGUAAUUCUUGAAAAACUUCAUUUAUUUAAUUUUUUUUUUCUAAUUGUGUAAAUGUAUGUAUACAAAAUAAUUUGAAGCAUUUUGUUGUAAAGAUAGUCAGGAUUUACAACAGGAUAUCCUUUUUGACACACUUGUGUGAUGUGUAGUGAUUAAAUACCAUAUUGAUUUA